AUGUCUAGGUUUAAGCGGAAAUGCGCUACUUUGCACGGGACAACCUUUUCCGGUCCUCUUUUCAGCUUCCCGUGCAACAUGACUAAGAAGAGAAGGAAUAACGGUCGUGCCAAGAAGGGCCGUGGGCACGUGCAGCCCAUCCGCUGUACCAACUGUGCUCGCUGCGUCCCCAAGGACAAGGCCAUCAAGAAGUUUGUCAUCAGGAACAUUGUGGAGGCUGCAGCUGUGAGAGACAUCUCUGAGGCUAGUGUCUUUGACUCAUAUGUUCUGCCCAAGCUCUAUGUGAAGCUGCACUACUGUGUCAGCUGCGCCAUCCACAGCAAAGUGGUGAGGAACCGCUCCUGUGAGGCCCGGAAAGACCGCACCCCACCACCUAGAUUCAGGCCCAAUGCUGGUGCACCAAGAGCUCCUGCAAAACCCAUGUAA